AUGCUAUUACGCCCUGCGGCACACAGCAUGGCUUACAUACCUGACUCUGAAGUGGGCUCCACAUGCUCUGAUAUUCAGCAGGGAAAGCGCAUGGACUCCCAAACACAAACAGCCACCUCGGUGGAGACAGUACUCAGAGAUGCUCAAGCACCUGCAACAAAGCAGGACAUUCAAGAACUUCUACUUAACAUGCCAAUCUCUCCUCAUCCUCACUGUAGUAUGGGGGCAAAACACCCUAUGAUUUUGAGUCCGCACAUCUGUUUUUCUUUCAGAACUUGAUCGGCCCAAUCACUCGCCAAUUACGGAAUGCAGGAAUUGACUAUCGGUGGUCGACACCUAGAUCACUGACUGUCACCAAGGAUGGCUCCACUUUGCGGCUGACCUCUCUAAGUGAGGCACCUACAUUCCUACAAGCCCUGGGACUUCCAUAUACACCAACGACCCCAGCGCCCACACCCUCCCAACAUUCUUGGGACCCUGAGAACCCUUUGUUCCUAGGAAUAAAAGUAGAACAGAGAGAAUAA